GAGACUAGAGCGGGAGACAGCGGUGGCGGGAGCAGUGGCUUGGAUCCUACUGGGAGGCAGACUGAGUAUGCAGUGGACACCCUAGGAGCCUUCUAGUUCAACCAGCUGACGGCCCUGUGCCCCCACUGGCCCCCAUCAUGCAGCCCCAGUCUGUUCUGCACAGUGGCUACUUCCACCCACUGCUUCGGACUUGGCAGACAGCCACCACCACCCUCAAUGCUUCCAACCUCAUCUAUCCCAUCUUUGUCACGCCCUGGGCUUGGCCAGGCAGGGGAGCCAGACACUGGAUCCCAUCCUCCUCCCACCGUCCCACUCCACAUUCCUUCCCAGCUUCCCAACCAUGCCUCCCAGCCACCCUCUCACCACUGGCCCUUCCCGCAGCCACCAAGCCAUAGUCCAUCCCCCACUCUUGCAGGGACGUUCCUGAUGACAUACAGCCUAUCACCAGCCUCCCAGGAGUGGCCAGGUAUGGCGUGAACCGACUAGAAGAGAUGCUGAGGCCACUGGUAGAAGAGGGCCUGUGUUGCGUCCUGAUCUUUGGCGUCCCCAGCAGAGUUCCCAAGGAUGAGCGGGGCUCCGCAGCUGACUCUGAGGGGUCCCCAGCCGUCGAGGCGAUCCGUCUGUUGAGGAAGACCUUCCCCAGCCUUCUGGUGGCCUGCGAUGUCUGCCUUUGCCCCUACACCUCCCAUGGUCACUGUGGGCUCCUGAGUGAAAACGGAGCGUUCCGGGCCGAGGAGAGCCGCCAGCGGCUGGCAGAGGUAGCACUGGCAUAUGCCAAGGCAGGAUGUCAGGUAGUAGCCCCGUCGGACAUGAUGGAUGGACGCGUGGAAGCCAUCAAGGAGGCCCUGAUGGCACACGGAUUUGGCAACAGGGUAUCAGUGUUGAGCUAUAGCGCCAAGUUUGCUUCCUGUUUCUAUGGGCCUUUUCGGGAUGCGGCUCAGUCAAGCCCAGCUUUUGGAGACCGCCGUUGCUACCAACUGCCCCCUGGAGCACGAGGCCUGGCCCUCCGAGCAAUAGACCGGGAUGUACGAGAAGGAGCUGACAUGCUCAUGGUGAAGCCAGGAAUGCCCUACCUGGACAUUUUGCGGGAGGUCAAGGAUAAGCACCCCGAGCUCCCUCUCGCUGUGUACCACGUCUCUGGAGAGUUUGCCAUGCUGUGGCACGGAGCCCAGGCUGGAGCAUUUGACCUCAAGGCUGCUGUUCUGGAGGCCAUGACUGCCUUCCGCAGAGCAGGUGCCGACAUCAUCAUCACCUACUACACUCCUCAGCUGCUGCAGUGGCUGAAGGAGGCGUGAUGGAAAGAGCGUGCAGGAUCCAAGAACGAGAAUUUUAAAACGUUCCCAGGUCCUUGGAUAAGUGAAAACCAAAGUAAAUGCUGCUUUAGAACUGUG